CUACAAUAGUGCGGUUGGUCGUUAUCGAUCACAUGACACGAAUCGGAGCCAUGUAAAAUUUGUGUAAACUUUAGGAUGUGUUGUUUAAAACAGUGACAAACUCGUGUUUUGCCGUUUAUUCAUAUAAACAUUAAUUGAAUUGAAGGAAGAAAUGGAUAUUCUUUCCAGACAGCCGACCAUAAUGGCAAAAGUCGACAUUGGUUCAGGGAAAUUUCUAUAAGAAUUCUUAACCGUCGUUCCUACAGGCCGCAAUUUCAAACAAGGCAGGAUAGUCACAAAAGAUAGACUUUUCCGAAGAAACAUUUCUUAGCUUUUUAGGUAUAAAAAAAUUCAGUGUGUAAAACUGAUAUCAUGGAAUGAACAUAUUUGAUUACGUUUGUUCAUCAGUUGUGUAAAAACUAUGGCUACUCCAAUGUAUAGUUCAAAACUAUCUGGAUCAAAAUUCAAGAAUUGGAUUAAGGCUGGAUUAGGUGUUCUAUAUACUAAAGAAGGCAUUGAGCCUUUUGUUUGUGAUGAAAUAGAACAGUUCCAGAAGAAAUGUUUGAGCGACAUUUGCAACAACAAUGGACUACCUGCUGGUACCACGUGUUCUAGUUGUUGCACAGAAAAUGUUGUUGUUUGUCCUACAAAUAGGAUUUGUAAUGUGAAUCGUGGGAAAUGCAAAUUUCAUAGAAAUUCUGCAACGCAAUAUCUUCCAUCUGGCUGCCCUAACAAAAUAUGUCAUAAUUUCGAAAACGACAUCAAGAAUGCUCACCGAUACAACGGUCCGUCCUAUAAAAACACUGAUGCCAGCCAGUGGUGCAGCAAUGCAUGGGAGGUUGCUAAAUGUUUCAUGCCACCAGACGGAUACAAGGAUGUGGCAUGUGCAUCAGAGACGGAUUUUAAUGGAAUUAUCAGUGUAAUUAUCAACUAUAAAGCAUUUCAGUCGAAAAUUAAAGACAACCUUUCCAAGAAAUCAUCCAGCAUCUUUGAACAGGGUAGAGAGGUAGGGAAAGCAGUUCGACAUUGCCCACAAUUAGAGAUGGAAGAUACAGAUCUCAAACAUUAUUUUACUGACUUACAGAAUCUUCUAUCAGAUCCUGCCUAUUUGUCUGCUAAUACAGCUGCGCUGAAUGCUAAAACGAAAUUACUACAGCUUCAGAAAGAUACUCUGGUCAUUGGUAAGGACGAUAUCCAGAACGUGCUGGAAGAUGUUGCCAAGGCAGUUCAAGAUAAAAUCCGGACUGAAAUAGAUGAACACAAGAAGGAAGCUGAAAAGAAAAAGUUAGAACUGAUCAAUACAACAAACGAGUCUGUUAAGGCUAUUGCCAAGCAAGGAAAAGUAUCAAUUGCUCAACUUGAUAAUGCAUUAAAAUCUGCAAUUGAUGAAAUAGAAAAGCAAACAAAGGAAUCGCUUACAAAAGUACAUUCAGAAGCUGAUAUUGCAAUGAAACAGAUACAUGCAUGUGCAGAUAAAGGGGCUAACAUGUUGGAAGACAAAGCCGAAGUUGGAAUUAAACAGAUAGAAGAAUCUACAGAUAAAGGGGUUAGCAAGUUGGAAGUCAAAGCCGAAGUUGGAGUGAAACAGAUAGAAGACUCUACAGAUAAAGGGGUUAACAAGUUGGAAGUCAAAGCCGAAGUUGGAGUGAAACAGAUCGAAGACUCUACAAAUAAAGGGGUUAGCAAGUUGGAAGUCAAAGCCGAAGUUGGAGUUAAACAGAUAGAAAACUCUACAGAUAAAGGGGCUAACAUGUUGGAAGACAAAGCCGAAGUUGGAGUUAAACAGAUAGAAGACUCUACAGAUAAAGGGGCUAGCAAGUUGGAAGUCAAAGCCGAAGCUGGAUUGAAACAGAUAGAAGACUCUACAGAUAAAGGGGUUAACAAGUUGGAAGUCAAAGCUGAGGCUGAAGUGUCAAAGAUUUCUGCAAAAGCGGAUGAAAAACUGAAGCAGAUUGAGGAAUCAACGACAGGAAACAAAGAAGAUAAAUACAACAGGCUUAAAGAAGGUAAGUGCAUUUCUUUAAAAUAAUAUAUAGGCAUGUGUGUGUACAUGUACAUAGCUUGGCACACUUCGGAUAAUAAUUUGCUUCUGAUAAGCUAAUGAAUCUUUGUAUUCUAUGCAGAAUAAUAAUAUGAUAGCCGAUGUGUCGCCUAUAAGAUUUACAUCAGUAAACUUUUUUCAGCUAUAGUA